GUCGGUGCAAUAUUACCCUGAGUACACCAUCAGCAUACAACCAUGGACUAUUUGACAAGGGAGAACGUGUUGAGUGCUGUCGCUGCUCUGAUCCUGGCUCAGGUUGUUGUGUUUAUCUUGAAGUUGCGAGCGGAUAGGGCCAAGUUCAGAGGACGGCCGGGUCCCCCGCACAGCUUCAUAUGGGGCCAUCUCGGAGCAAUGGGUGCCAUUGCCAAAUCCGAUCACCAUCCCGACGAGGUCUUCCAAGACUUCGCCAACAAGUAUGGCGACGUUUACUACCUCAAUCUUUGGCCCAUGGCAUACAACAUGAUGAUCAUCACGGAUCCUGAUGUCGCAGACAACCUGGCAAGGUCAAUGGCUCCAAAGUCACCGACUUAUCAUGAGUCGGAUGCUCUUAUUGGGAAACAUUCAAUCUUGACCCUGGAGGGAGAUGAAUGGAAGAAGCUCCGCAAGAUCUUCAAUCCCGGCUUUUCGUACAGAAACCUCGAGCCUCUCAUUCCCGCCAUCAUGGAAGAGACGCAGGUCUUCGUAGAGAAGCUGGAGUCACUCGCGAAAUCUGGAGAGGUGUUCAAAAUGAACGAAGAGGUUACGGCACUCACGAUUGAUGUCAUCGGCAGAGCCAUUCUCAGUGUUCGCCUACACACGCAAAAGGACCGCUCUCAUCCCAUGGUGCACGCCUUUCAGAACAUCCUUCACUUGACCGAAUCCAGAGCGAGGUUCCCGCUCUUUGAGAACAUAAGGCUGUACCGUCGAUACCAGUAUUGGAAGAACGAGAGGACGUUGGAUAAUUAUUUCCGCGAGCAAGUCCGUGAACACCAAGUCAGGGCUGCAGCCAAUGCGAAGGAAGGAGCAACUAAGAAAGACAUGGAUAUCAUCGACUUGGCUUUGCUUGAUGCGCAGCGAUCUAUCGACGAGUACGCGCACCAAGCAAAGACAUUCUUCUUAGCUGGUCACGAUACGACAUCGUCGGCCGUGACCUGGGCAUACACCGAACUCGGCCAACACGCAGAAUGCUUGAAAAGGCUCCGCGAAGAACACGACGCUGUCCUCGGCCCCGAAACAGCAAACGACACAGAAGCCCUCUGCCGAAAACUCAAAGCCAACCCCAGCCUCAUCAACAAACUCCCCUACACCCUCCAAGUAAUCAAAGAAGUCCUCCGCCUCUGGCCCCCAGCAGCAACCGCCCGCAUGAUGCAAUCCUCUUCCGCAACCCUCCCAGUUAACAACGAACACUGGCCCGCCGACUACAUGAUCCUCUACAUCCCGCACUACAUCCUCCACCGCGACCCCAAAACCUGGGGACCAACUGCAAACGCCUUCGACCCCGAACGAUUUGCGGAGGGGAGGGAAGUGCCGAAGGCGUAUCAGCCGUUUGCUAAGGCACCGAGGAGUUGUAUUGGGCAAGAGUUGGCGUUGAUUGAGGCGAAGAUUAUUUUGGCGUUUACGGCGAGGAGGUUUGAGUUUGAGCCGCAGAUCAAGGAGCCGUAUCAGAUUUCGCAGUUGACGGCGAAGCCUGUGGCGGCGAUGCCGAUGAAGAUUAAGAUUGCUGUGUGA